AUGAUCAGAUCGUUCAAUAAAGCCCUGCCACUGGACUUGCUACCACCACGUACAGGCGACAACAAUGUCGACAUGGCUCGGCUGCUUGAUUUCGUCACUCGGCUGUAUUACCCACACGUUGACGAUAGCUUCAGCACGCAGCUUUAUAUCAGCUCGGCUAUCAUCACCUUCUGGAUCAUCCCAUCUUCGAUUGUCGUGCUACACCGGCUCAUUCAUGGCCGCCUAUGGUUCCUCAAGAUCUGGCCGGUUGCAGGGGGUAUUUUCAUCAUUCCAAACUCCGUCAUCGCCUUUCUUACAUGCCUAUUCUGCUUCGCAUGCCUCUGGAUCUCUCAUGUCUUUGUCAGUGUAGAGUAUUAUCACGGCAACCCGAAGUUCCAGAAGGGCUACUUUCUUUGGAGAAUCUUGAUCUGGACCCCUCUGUGGCUAGGUGGUUGGUGGUCCGGCUUCGGCAUUCUCAGUGCCUUCCCAGAUGCUUUGAGGUACGAAAGGAAAAGUCGACGGCAAAGGCGUCUCAUCCUGAAUCCCAUGACCUUCAACAUCGCUUGCUGGUUUGUGCCGGCGAUACAAUUCAGUACGAUCCUUCCUCUUGCCAUCCUGGCAGCACGGACUUACAACAAGACACUCGACGAUUUUGAUGCAUGGAGACAAGCCGUCGAUGUCGCCGAGAAAGGCAGAAUCACGGACGCCACAUUCACUAUGCUACUUGCACAGGCACUUGAUCUCUGGCUCGCUGUGACCAAGUCGUUCUGGUACUACGGAAUUGCGAUGACUUGCUGGUGCUGUUGGGCUGCCAUCUGCCUUCUCACUUAUUUGCCCCUCGGCGCGCACACCUUGUCUCGCAUUCGUUCACAGCUUCAACUGGCCAAAAGGAAGGACAAGGCUACCGAUCCCUUCUUUUCUUCACGGCCACCAGUCAUUUGUAUUCAGGAGCCUACCUUCCAAGAAAGGUCGGGACAGGGCAGCAAGAAUGGCUUCCAAUCGACGCCGGAUGUUCACGCGGCUCAAACGAGAUUUCUUUGCGACGAUAUGCAACAGUCUGGCGAUGAGCUGAAAGAGACGGAAGACGGCCUUCAAAAGUCAUCAGAGGGUAGUAAUGACUUGUUGGAAAUCGACGAGCGAAAUGACACGACCAGCACCUCCUCCAGUCGCGUGUUCCCGCCGAUGAAGAUGGCAUCCGUAACGUUGCCGUCGCGCCCGUCCCAAUAUCGAACCCUGGAGCAGCGUCGGAUCCACAUUCUCGGAAGGGUCUACAGGAACAUCGGCAUUCAAUAUUGCGGCGUUUGUUUUGCCAUCCUAUGUUUCUUCGGCUCUUCCAUGGUCCUAGCAGCACACUGCUACGGCAGUGCACGUAACAACACAAUUGCCAUCAACUCUGUUGUCGCCGCGUUGACGGCAACAUACCCAAUCAUCAUCUUUGGCUUUCUCGUUGUCUCCCUCAUCUUUUGGCGCUCUUUCGACCCUGCGCUCAGUAUUGAUGUUGCGGAAGACGAGUCGCUUUUUACCUCCACGCGAUCCACGCUCGAAAAGCUCACGAAGCGUGCCUUACGAAUAGCUCCCUAUCUCAAGUCAGCUCGGUCAGCAUCAAGGAGCUGGAGAGGACACACUCAAUCCACACCCGAGUAG